UGGUUUGGAAUUCUUGGAAUAAUUGGUGGGGAAGUUGGAAACCUGAUUGCGUACGGCUAUGCACCUGCAGCAAUUGUAACUCCGAUAGGAUCUAUCGGUGUAGUGACGAAUGUCUUGAUCACGACAUGGGUCCUCAAGGAGCCGCUGACGAUACUGAAUAUCUUCGGUGUCUUGUGUGUGGUUGCUGGGAUUGUCAUUGUGGUGUUGUUCGCUCCAAAGGCGGUCAUUACCUUCUCAUCUAGGACGGUGUGGAACGAUGUUAUCUUUACACGACACUUUGGGAUCUACUUGGCAGUGCUCGCUGGCUCAUUGAUGAUAAUGAUUCCUGUGAGCAGGAAGUAUGGGAAGAAGUCAGUGUUAAUUUACAUCAUCAUGUGCGCAAUCAUUGCCUCGUUGACCAUUGUCUGCGCGAAAUCCUUCUCGACUCUCUUGAUUAGCUCUGCUGAGAAUGGCAUCGGAACCGAGCUGCUCUCCCCUUGGCCGUACAUCUUCCUCAUUGUCAUGGUCAUCACCGCGGUGCUGAGCAUGGGCUACGUCAACAAGGCGAUGAUGAUUUUCGACAACUCGCAGGUUGUUCCUACAUACUUCUCUCUCUUCACGACAGCGAGUGUGGGAGCAGUCGGGUGGGUUUACCACGAGUUCGAU